UCUGGCUCCACUGCUGGCGUCAUUGCUGGCGUUGACUGGGUUGCCGCUCAGGCCAAGGCCAACAAGAAGCCCUCCGUUGCCAACCUCUCGCUCGGCGGCUCCAAGUCCACCGCCAUGAACACUGCCAUGGACAACCUCGUCAAGGCUGGCGUCUUUGCCGCCGUCGCCGCCGGUAACGAGAACCAGAACGCCUGCAACGUCUCGCCCGCCUCCGCCCCUCUUGCCACCACCACUGGCGCCACCACCAUCAAGGAUGCCCGCGCCUCCUUCUCCAACUUUGGCACCUGCGUCGAUGUCUUUGCCCCCGGCCAGGACAUUACCUCCACCUGGAUUGGCUCGACCACCGCCACCAACACCAUCUCGGGCACCUCGAUGGCCUCCCCCGCCGUCGCCGGUGUUGCCGCUGCCAUCCUCUCUGCCAACCUCGCCUGGACCCCCGCCCAGGUUGAGGCCGAGCUCCUUGCCACCACCACCCUCGACGUGGUCACCAACUCGGGCACUGGCUCCCCCAACAAGCUCCUCUACCUGUCUUGCUAAAAACAAAAACCAAUCCUCGUGGUUUUCUAGGCAAGGACGUGCUCUUGUUUUCUGUUCCCCCCCCCCCUUCGCGUUGUCAGCCUAUCUGUGUCCCAUUAGGCUUUCCGUCAGUGUGAACAAAGGACAAGGGUUUUUGGACUGCUUGUACAUUUUGCUUGCGUUUUGAUCGAUUUGUUUUCUUCUUGUUGUUUUUUUGGUUCGUGGGGGGCUUCAUCCGGGUUGCUUGAUUGCUGCCUGGUUGCCUUUUAGCCCUGCGUGUUUGUACUUCAAUUUAAUCCCAUCACUCGUUCGC